AUGAUGAGGUUCAAUCGAAGUGUAGUCGUCAGCAAUGUUUUGACUGUCCUGUUGGAUGCUGCAAGGCAAGAGAAAUUCGGAGGUUUCAAAGUCGAUCCAGAAUCAAUUAAACAAGUUUUUAUAACCACAGACGGCUCGGAAAGCACAACAAAAGGUAAAUUUUACAAAGAAAUAUUAUUGUUAAAUGUUUACGCGUAUUCGUCCGAAGAUGGACUUUUUCUAGUUGUAUUCAGUAUCUGUUUAAUUAAAAAACUCAGUUCUGCGAGUCAUAUAUUUCCAAGUUUUUUUUUGUCGCUGUUUUUGUUUUAUUCAAUUAAACAAAAUCUUACUUUUUAAAAUUAUUAUAGAGAAAGUAGCACCUCAGUACCCAGCCAAUUAGAGUUGACGGUUUUCGUUCAUGAGCGUAAGCUAUGUAUUGAGAGCAGUGUACUGACCACGAUCACUGUAAAUGUGGUUUGAUUGUUACCUGAUCAAGCUUUGUAUAAUGAUUCGUUUUAGGUCCUGAGGAAUGUACCUGCCCAUCUAACAACGUCUCGUUAGCCAUAAAUGGGGUUCUUGCCUUCAUAAUCGUUCUUCUAAUUAUUUACAUAAUCUGGCUACAUAAGAAAGGUAGGUAAAAAAAUUCAUAAUCUAUGAUAGAGGGUUUGGCUGCAAGAUUCUUUAUUAAGCAAAAGAAAAUCUUGACCCACAUCCACAUCAUUUGUCUUUUUUUUUUCCUUUCGUUCUUUUUCAGGCGCUGUAGGGAAACAGAGGUAAGAAUUUGCUGCCACUUGGAUUGCGUCGAUGUAAUGAACCAUAUAUAGGAAUCAUGUUAUAACAAACUUCCACUUAAAACUGAUGAGAUUCUCAGCUCGCCAUAAAUAUUUGUAUGCUUUCUCAAUUGUAGGACUUAUGAAGAUGAAAGAGGUGUUUCCUAUGUAAGUUACAACUAAGACAUUGAGGUCAUGUUAAUGUUGCCAGUAAUUAUGUGGUCUCAUAUUACCUCUACUCCUUAGAAGAAAAUUAACGCUUACAACAGAUAGGAAGGAAAAAAGGUGUAGUUAUACAAAAAAAGGCAUAAUGCAUUAAUGACAGGUACAAAAGAAUAUGGGUAGAAGUUUGACUCGAUAGGGUAUUUGUCCUGGGAUCAUGUCCUUUACCAAGCUGCUCCAUGGAUUUUCCUUCGAUCAUCCCUGGUUCAACUGCGUGGCUUCACUUCAUAGAUCGCUAACUGGUCUGCACCCGGUUGAUAUUUGUUUUGUAAAUAAUUUUUUUUCCGCGCAGUUUUGGCUGUCUGUUUAUCUUGAUGCCUUGUUUUCAAAACGUUAGUCCAGGAUCUGAAUACAGAAAGAGUUUUUUUUCGUGUGUGUAUUUGUAAAAAAAUUGCACUACCAAUCGACGAUCUUCAUGUUGCAGUUUGUAGCUUCAGCGAGUAUGCUGUGAACCUCGAUCACUCCAUUGGACAUGAUAGUUUCAAUGGCAGCGAACAGAGUGUUAGUAAUAAGAAAAAUAAGUAAUAAUAAGGACAAGAUAUUAUAAACUAUUAAUAAUCUCUUGUUAUGUAAGAAUAUAAACGUUUUUCUGAUGAAAACGGGUAAACUGAUUUUUGUAAACAUGCGGGACUUUUUAUUGGGAUUUAUAACAGAUUUUUACAUGAAUACCUUAAUGAUAUGUUGGUUUAAUAGAAUGAAACAGGAUUAGAAGAUACCGAGCCAAGUCUGAGCGAUUCAACAAAACUCGCUCAGCCUCCUGCGGAAUACAUGGAUCUAAUAGAAGUCAACAAAGAUAAUAGAAAAGCACAAAGUAGUGCUUCAGGUGCUGAUUACGUGCCUCUUCAUCCGUUAACACGCUCCUGGGAAGUUCCAAGACAUCACGUGACCAUAGAAAAAAUCAUUGGUAAAGGUGCUUUUGGUCAGGUUGCCAAGGGAACAGCCUUAGGACUUCGAGGGAGUCCUGAAACGACCACAGUGGCUAUUAAGAUGCUUAAAAGUGAGCUCUUGUACUGUAAAUAGAAUGAUAGUCUUGACCCCCACAGUCAUUCAGGAAAUGUUUCCGCGUUACAGUAAUUUUUUUUAGCUAUUUGCCAUUUCAUAACUUGUGUUGUUAUUUUGGCAUUUCGCAUAUUAUACCUGUUAACCAAAUUUUACUCCUUGUUUUUAACGUUCCAGCAAACGCUACUGAAUCGGACAAGAGAGAUUUGAUGAAAGAACUUGACACAAUGAAGCAGCUGAAACCACAUCCUUACGUCAUUAAACUUCUGGGAUGUGUCACAGAAUCUGGUAUACUUUGGUUAUAGGGUCUAAUUUUGCUGUACACAUUUUGCAUCAGAUUUACUUUGUAACGCUUUCUCGUCAUUGAUAAUUUGCUUCAAGGGAAGAGUUACUGCUUCACAAUUGUGCACAACAAACAACCUUCGCAUGAGGUAAUUUUAUCUUUUUUAAGCCGGCAUAGACGCUCUUGGAUUUGCUGAUAGAUUAAGACUGAAUAUUUGCCACUAUACAGGCCAGUCUGUUGUAUAAGCAGAAUCGCUUUUUCUAAGGGAAUAUUUGGUCUGUACCUUCUUACGAGACCGUUUAUUUUUCAGCUUUUCUUCGUAAAACUACAUCUUAUUUUCGUGCGAUUUCUUCAAAAGCGUUGACCAUGACUGGGCUAUUGAUUUGUUUUAUUUAUUGCUAAUUUUCUUUUAGAGGGAGAAAUAUGUUAAUGAAACUGUUUAAUUUGUUCAGAUCAGCUGCUGGUUUUGAUUGAAUAUGUGCCUUUUGGGGAUCUGCUGGGUUACCUGAGAAAGAGCCGUGGAUUAAGAGACACUUACUUCAAAGACCCGGAUAUCAAACCACAGACAAAUCUGACGUCACAGCAGCUGAUGAAGUUUGCUUGGCAAAUUGCUGAUGGAAUGAGUUACUUGUCCUCAAAAUCUGUAAGUUAAUUGAAAAAAACAUAAAAUAAAAACAAUUCUAAAACCUUCUUGAAAGGUGCACCGUCAUCUUAAGCUCUGUCUUGCAUAGAAUAUUAUGUCUUUACAAGAUCACACCCAGGAGAUACAAACGUAUUGUUACCUUCUUGUUGAGGCUACUUCUCUAGGGCUUGGAACCCUUUCAAUUUUGACGUCAUCACCUAAGUUUUAUUUCAAUGUGCGAAUGCCGAUAUUUGUGCAUUGUUGCAAGUGCACCCCAUAGAAAUAAAAUACGUGGAGUUUUCUACUGCGGGCAAAGGCAGUCGUGAAUGAAUAGGAUCUCUUAUUCAGCCUAAACUGAGUGUACAACGAAUAUCCAUUUUAGUGACAAGAAAGAAAAGGAAUUAAAACUUAAAAUUUCAAAAAUUCGUCUUUGGUUGCUAAACUACUACAUUUCAGAAUCCUAUUUCGAAUAAAAUCUUAAGAUAUGCUUUCUAUAAAAUAACUACGUAUUGUAGAAAUAAAGUAGUUUGCUUCUCUUUGGAAUAUGGAGCAGUAAUUAUUAUAAUUACAGCUCCAUAUUCCAAAAAUAUGGAGCAUAUUCCAUAUUUAGCAACAGAACAUGGUGUGUGUAUUCCUCUUUCUUCCAGAUAGUAAUUCUAAUUUUCUGCCAUGUGGAAGAAAGAGAAAUACACACACCAUAUUCUGUCGCUAGAUAUAUCCAUUUUCCUAUCUGAAUCAUUUCAUUUCAGUUCUUUUUCUUCCGGAAUCGCUAAUUUUUGCUCUCGCAUCAAUGCUUUCUAGAUCAUUCACCGAGACCUUGCAGCCCGUAAUGUUUUGGUUGGACAAAUGGAAUCUUGUAAAGUGACAGACUUCGGAAUGGCCAGAGAUGUGCAGCAGGAAAAUAUUUAUGAACGAAAGACUAAGGUAAUCAAGAAAGAGGGGAGGUGGGGGCGGUACUACAUAUCGUUCAGUUUAGUGAUCUUUCACGAUCAUUGUUGUGGUAGAGCUGAUAUACUCCUGAUUUCGAUGACAGAAUCCUUGGAUGGGACCGUAAUGAAAAUAUUAGCCUUGCAUAUACGGGUAUAAUUUUAAAUAUCACUGUCUUUGACCAGUCGCUCCCUAUAAUUUUAAAGCUGUUUCACAAAGUGAUAUUUGAAAUCUUUAGGGCCGUCUUCCCGUGAAGUGGACAGCUUAUGAGGCCUUGAUGUAUAGUAAAUAUACCACCAAAAGUGACGUGUAAGUAUACCCGAUUAUUACCCGUAGCAAUUUUCCAACAAGUUUUAUUAAUAAAAUAAGAGAGAUGGUAAGUUUUGAGCUCGAUAAAGAAAUAGAGAAAGAUGUUUUUCAUCUUCUCACGAGCAUUGGACGAUGAAAAACAUUCUAGAGUCCUCAUGAGGAAUCGAACCUCAGAUCUUCGGAUUCCGCGCUCCGAUGCACUACCACUGAGUCACAGAGACUCUACGAUGAGCGAGGUCUAUUAUGAAGUUCCUAUGACACGCUUCCUGCAUACUGCUAGGAUCAGCGAUGUCAAUAGAGUCAUUUUUGUAAAAUAGAAUAAGAGAGAGAAUCGGAGCGCGGAAUCCGAAGGUCUGAGGUUCGAAUCCUCGCGGGGACUCAGAAUUUUUUCUUUACCAUACGCUCGUGACAAAACGAAAAUUAUCUUUCUCUAAGUGUUAUCAGUUUUAAUCAGGAGAUGAAUUCUAUGCUUGUCAAAUAACGCAUAUAUUUUAGUUGUCGUAUAUAAUGUUAAUGUCUCCCGUUACCUAAUUUAUAUUUGUUUGAUUUGUCUUUCUUCAGGUGGAGUUAUGGAAUUUUGCUGUACGAGAUUUUUACCAUAGGUAACAUCGAAUGGAAGUUUAUGAGGCCUUGUGGAUGGCUUUUGCUAUAUACCACGUUUAAUUAAACAAUGUAUCGUGUUCAGUUAGAGAAACGUAAUGAGCUUCAAAGUUCAUCAAGUGACACAGGUGAUGUUUCAGUGAAGGUCGUUUGUUCGUCCCAUUUAUAUUCCGAUGGUCUUAUGGUUCUUCCAGGUGGUUCACCUUACCCACGAAUGGAUGGAAGAAAAAUAGCAAACUUACUUCAGGAUGGAUACAGGAUGCCUAAACCACAACACGUCGAUGAAGAAUUGUAAGUGCUUUUCAAUUCGUUCUCUCUCACCCUACAAGGAAACGUUCGUUAAAUCUCUGACAGAUCAUUUAAACAAUACCAGGUAUCAGAUUAUGAUGAAAUGCUGGAAGAAUGACCCAGAUGCAAGACCAACUUUUACUGAAUUGAAAAAUCAGCUUAAGGACAUGGAGACCCUACACAAGGUGAGAAUUUUGAUCAACAUGAAAGUUUCUUUUCACGUUAGACCGACUGGCUUAGGCUCAGCUAAUUAGGAUUUUAAACCUAACAGCGUUUAGCCUAGAUAGCGUAAUUUUUACGAAGUUUGGAUUGCAUCUUCUUGUUAUGUCACUGAAGCAGGCACUCCACGAAAAACAGGGAAGAAGCGAACCUGAAUGUCCCAAUGACAAUUUAAAGAUCAUAGGGUGAUUGCAAAACCGCAUUGAGACGCACAAAGAGUAGCAGACGACGACGCCUUAAAUUACUUUCUUGAAUUUGUUUUGGUGUGAAAAGCUGACCACUUGUGAGGAUAAACGCUUAUAACGUCAGAGGAACACUUUUUUAAUGAUGCUGAUUAUAAUAUUAUUCUUUUCUGCAGAAGCUGAUCAACAUGACUAUGUACGACAAGCAGUUGUAUGCAAAUGUCGAGGAUUUAAUAGUGUAGUUAGAUACACUUCCGUGAUGUAUGACUGGCUAACAGUUUGAACACUUUGCCACAACAAGUUUCAUGGAUGAAUGAUCUUUUCCUUACACACGUACUUGGUAGAAAUAUCCAUGUUGUGUUAAGCAGUUAGGCUGCAACGCUGUAACUCAAUUGAUUUUAUACUCUUAAACGCUGUAAGGCUUUUAUCAGUUUACCGAUAAAGUAUAAUCACAUUUUCUCUUUAACAUGUUUAGCACUUACACGCAUGCUCGACACAAGCGUUGGAGUUCAGUUUAUUUUCUGACUCAAUUCUGAAAGGCAGGACAGUGCGGAAAAUAUCCAAUUAACUAGAUUGAUGAGAUCUCGUUCUGUGUGCCGUAGUUGUCUACAGUUUAAGUAAAUUGCUAAAAAAUUGUUUUGCCGCAAAACCCGCUUGGUUUUAGGAAAGCUAUCCGGCGCAUAAACUACUUUCCCUAAGACCGCAUUUACCUGCGAUACCAACUCAAAUUACUUUUACACUGAAAGUAUUAUUAAUUAAAAAUUACGUUAUCCUAAUAAAAAUUAUAAUUUGCACAUUACUUGUGCAAUCGUCGUAGCUUUGAAAAAUGAAUUUUCUGAAAUUCUAUUUAAAAUUUUGAAGAUUUUUGCCUAGAGGGAAAUGGCUUUUUCCUAACAUUUCUGUGGGAAACGAAAUGUUGAACUUUGUCAAGUAUAGAAGACCAAAAGAAACUAAAUUUUAAGAUCUGAAGUUUUUGGUAAAGCAGAAAUGGUGUUUGCAAGGAAAAAAAUGAGAAAAUUUCUUAAGAGGAAUGGAUGACUUUUUUCCGAAUCCGUCUUUGUAAACGACAUUACGAGAACAGCCCUGAUGCAAAGAUUGUGUCAUUGGUGAGCUAAGUUGUUGUGUGGCCUUUCGUCAAUAAACACUUUUUCUAAAACAUUUGUUGUAAUUAUAGCG